UUGACUGGCCCACGUGAUCGUAAUUUAUUAGAGCACUGCCCACACUUCAUGAAUACUAUUCUAGUUUUAGAGAGAAAUAAGACUAUGCUAUGCUCAGAAGACAAUGAACAGAGUGUAGAAAAAUACAACAAAGUAUUAAAACAACUUGGAAGGCCGCACCCAGAAGCAACUGUCAUAAAAAAGAGUUUAUACCAAUGGGUAAGAGAAAUUGUGAGAUCUUGUAUUGCAUGGAUUAAGUCUUUUUUUAGAAUAGAUUAG